UCUCUCUCUUUUUUAUUCCCCUCAAAAUACUCGCCAUCGUCUUCCUUUUGCGGCUGUUACUGUGGCGUCCAAGACCUCAAACACAAUUCAGAAUCUUGGUGAAGGAAACUUUUAUCCCGUUCACAAGCUAAUCCAUCCAUGGGAAGAACAGAUGAUGGUGAAACUGUCCAGCUUUCUUUCAGGAAAGAUGAAAAUUUUGCUGAAUGGUACUCGGAGGUUGUUGUUACUGGAGAAAUGAUUGAAUACUACGACAUAUCUGGCUGCUAUGUAAUGCGACCAUGGGCAAUCUCUAUUUGGGAGAUCAUGAAAGACUUUUUUGAUGCUGAAAUCAAGAAAAUGAAAAUCAAGAACUGUUAUUUUCCUCUGUUUGUAUCUCCUGGUGACCUCCAAAAGAACAAUGAUCAUAUAAAGGGGCUUGCUCCCGAGAUUGCAUGGGUUACAAAGUCUGGGGAAUCCGAACUAAAGUUACCCAUUGCCAUUCGCCCAACCAGUGAAACUGUCAUGUAUCCUUAUUUUUCCAAGUGGAUCAGAGGCCAUCGUGACCUGCCUUUGCGGUUUAACCAAUGGUGUAAUAUCGUAAGAUUGGAACUCAGCAAUCCAACCCCUUUUAUCAGAAGUCGUGAGUUCCUUUGGCAGGAAGGACAUACAGCUUUUGCGACCAAGGAGGAAGCAGAUACAGAGGUGCUUGAAAUCUUGGAGCUGUAUAGACGCGUAUAUGAAGAGUUCUUGUCUGUUCCAGUUAUUAAAGGCACGAAGAGCGAGCAUGAGAAGUUUGCCGGUGGGCUUUAUACAACUACUGUUGAGGCAUUUGUCCCUAACACUGGGUGUGGUGUGCAAGGUGCAACCUCAAACUGUUUAGGCCAAAAUUUCGCAAAAAUGUUUGAAAUUAAUUUCGAGAAUGAGAAAGGAGAAAAUACCAUGGUCUGGCAGAAUUCAUGGGCUUAUACCACCAGAACUUUAGGGCUGAUGGUAAUGAUUCAUGGUGACAAUAAAGGCUUGGUUCUCCCUCCUAAAGUAGCUUCCCUUCAAGCAAUUGUAAUACCGGAUUUGUCAGAUAAUGAUGCAAAUGUUCGCAUGAUCUUUGAUGCAUGCACAAAAACCGUAAAACAAUUGCUUGCAGACGGUAUUCGUGCUGAGGCCGAUUUUAGAGAUAACUAUUCGCAUGCGUGUAAGAACUCCUAUUGGGAAAUGAAAGGCGUUCCCCUCAGGAUAGAAAUAGGGCCAGAAGACUUAACAAAUAACCGGGUUCGUGCUGUUAGACGUGAUAGUAUAGCCAAGAUUGAUAUACCCACGGCUCGACUGGUGGAAAAUGUCAAUAACAUUCUUGACCUCAUUCAACAAAAUCUCUUUGAUGCUGCGAAGAAAAAACGAGAUUCUUGCAUACAGAUUGUGCACACUUGGGAAGAAUUUGUUGACGCGCUUAACCAUAAGAAGAUGAUUUUUGCUCCAUGGUGUGAUGAGGAGUCGGUCGAGAAGGAUGUGAUUAGCCGCACAACAGAAAGCAUUGGUGCUGCAAAGUCUCUGUGUUCUCCAUUUGAUCAGCCUCCACUCCAAGAGGGUACCUUGUGCUUUGCAUCUGGAAAACCUGCCAAGAAAUGGAGCUACUGGGGAAGAAGCUGCUGACAUUUUUUUUUUUUUUUUUUU